AUGUCAAAAUUUGAUGAAAUAUUUGAUGACUCCAGGAACAUUAUAAGCAACGAAGAAAUUCUUUACUUAAAAGAUGCAAUACACAUGAGUGGAGAAAUCCAAAAUGAACUUAAAUCAAUGUUAAAUCAAGUAGAAAAACUUUCAAUAAAAUUCAACAAUCCAAAUAGAGUAUGCAUGAAAACUAUUGUACCUGGUGUUGAACAAAUAUUUCCUGAUUACUUGUUGUUAAAUUUUGACGCUGUGAUAAAUGAAGAACGUCAAAAACAUGAUUUUAACUCACCACAACAACAUCAUAAACUGCAAGAGAUAAAUGAUGGUUCACAUUUUACUAAAACAUCGACAGUCAAGAGUGAGAUCAUCAAUCAUUUGAGAGAAGUUUGUGAAGAGUCUAAAUUUGAUGUUGACGAGGGUGGUGGUGGAGAUAGAAAAUCAUUUAAUUAUGAAUCGAAAUCAAUUGAUGAACAUGUUGAACCAUAUUCAGAAUUCUGGAAUAAAUAUCAGAAAAUCAAAUGUGAAAUAAUCAAAAUUGAGCGAGAGCUUCGAAGCACAGAAAUAAGAAUUAAGUUAAUCACAAAUGAAGCAGAAACACGCGCUAUUAAUGCUAAUAACUAUGCCUUUAACAUUCAAAGCAAGCAAUUCAAGGAAUAA